GGCACAACAACACUAAGAGCCUUUCUUUUAUAAAAUAAUCCUUUUGCGUAUCUAUUUAAUAUAUUCAUUCUUAAAAAAUGUCAGGAGGAAACAGAGCCACAAUUAUUGCCGCAGCUGUGAUGCUAUGCGUCUUACUUCAAACCAGCAUUUCAAGUGCAGCUACAUUUCCUGCUGGUGGCGCUAAUGGUUGGGGUUUCAACAUGAAUGGUUGGCCUAAUGGCCAGACUUUCAAGGUUGGCGAUGUCAUUGAAUUUAAAUACAUGGCUGGGAUGCACAACGUGGUGAAAGUGAGCAAGGCAGGAUUUGACGCUUGCGAUGGUACUGGAGGACAAGUUUUUAGUUCAGGAGACGACAAAGUAACACUUGUACAAGGAACGCAAUACUUCAUUUGUACAAUCGGACCACACUGUUCUAAUGGCGUCAAGGCUGCUGUUACCGCCAAUUAAUUUAUUUCAAAUUAAACUGCAUUUAUCAAAAUUAAAUCUAGUAGUAUUAAUUCAUUCCAAUUGUUGUACUUUGGUGUACCAAUGAUGUAGAAUGUUUUAUUUCAUGAUCCAUAUAGAUAAUUUUUUGCUUGUGGAGUACUUGAAUUUAAAAAAAAAAGAGAUUAAAUU